GACAAGACUCUUCUUAUAAUGAUUCAUGGUUCGCUCCUUCCAAGCACAACUGUCCACAUGAAGAGAGCCCAGUCUUAUAUCUUUCUCUUGAAGCAUAGGCUUAACAAAUUUCCCCCUAUUUAUCCUCAUCUCUUUAAUGAUCCUAUCUAGAACUAAAAUCCAGUCUUUCCAGUAAUUCAUAUUCAAUAUGCCAAUCACUAUUAAUCCGUCAAAAAACAGUGCAGCUGCUUGGCAGCCCGCCAAUCGCUUUCCAGCCGCUUCGUCUGCGAAAGACCUCCUUCACUCCAUUCUGAAAAACAAACGCACAUCCUGUCCCAAUCCGAUCAACCCGUUCAAGAUGAUCAUUCAGAGCUCAUUUAACCAUCCUAUCGAGAGCUCACACUACUUUGCCAGCAAAAACGGCUUCGUCCACGGAUGCAUCGAGGCGUACAACUACCACCAUCAUCUAGUCCUUCGGCCUGACGAUGUGUGGUUCGCAAUGCUGACCCAGUUGAGCGUACAUGUCCAUGCUCAUCUUGAAGACCAGUAUCACUUCUUGGUGGACCACGAAGGCCAAAAGGAGCUUGUCAUUCAAGUGGCCUCGAUUGACCGGACCGAUAAGGGUGCUUUUGCCGUGAUAAUCGCCUUUGAAAUGCAGAAAUGCAUCAUAGACGCAGAUCUUCGAGAAUGGGUUGUGCCUGAGUUCACGACGACCACAGUCACUGAUCGGGCUACUGCGAGCGCCGUGAUGAUGGGCACGAUGCAGAAGCAUUUUGUCUCCGUCUGUGAGAUGUCCUGUGGCUUGCCGUCCGUGACCCUUCUGGGGACUUUCGAGGACUGGGUAAAGCUUCGGGAGAAAAGCAAGAGGCUGAUCAUCUAUGGUGAUGAGCCGAGGAGAUGGUAUGAGAAGCUGAGGCCUGUGCUGGAUAGCUUUGUGAAUACCUUUAUCCAUCCGGAGAGUGACGCGGUGCGAGACUUUUGGCAGUCUAUUUGUGACAUCAAGGGGGAAAGUGGAAGCUCGACCUUUUCCGGCUGGAUCACGACGUUCUGUUUCUGGGAUGAGAACGGGGUCUGCUUGCAUGACACGAAGCCGGGAGAGACCACGGAGCUUGGAUUAGAUGAGAUGCCCGUGGGGUUUGUAAAGUUGCCUGCUCGGCUGGAAUAUAGCCGGAUCACUGUCGAAACAGAGAUCCUAGCCGGUUCGGUGGCUGUUCGGGCCAGCAAGCAGUCAACGCAGGGUCAGCUUGAUACAGUUCAACCGGAAUGUGGAUGGUUUAUGUAUGAGGUGUGA